UUAUAUGAGACGUGAUCAAACGCGAUUGAUGUUGGAAGAUCGAAUAGACACUCGGUCUCGAGUAGUCCUUUUAUUCGUUCUCGACGUACCGGAAAGACUGUUGAAAAGUUCGUCGCUCGAAAACACACGCGUUUCCUCGUGAAUAUAAGCGUCGCCAAGUUACCCUGCCAAUUAUUUCCGGAACAUAUAGCGCGCGACCAAACGAACUAGCGACAUCUGGCCAAACAGUCGACCUUGUCGGACGGCUUGGAUCAAGCUCUCGAUGUGCGAAUGAUUAGAUUCGUGCAUCUCGCGUGUUUACUUUUCUCGUUGCUGCUUUGCGAGUUCCCGCUAACAAUAGAAAGGACGAAAAUGUCAAGGAUGAUCGCGCUAGAUUUCGAAGUGUUCGGCAUCGUACAAGGUGUAUUCUUCAGGAAGUAUACCCAAAAGCGCGGCCUAGAGUUGGGUUUGACAGGAUGGUGCAUGAAUACCGCAAACGGUACCGUUGUCGGCCACCUGCAAGGAGAGAAAAAACAAGUGGAGGAGAUGAAACAAUGGCUUCGUCACACCGGCAGUCCACAAUCGCGAAUCGACAAGGUGGAAUUCCGCAACGAGAAGGAGAUCUCCGAGCAGUCAUUUUCGAAAUUCGAGAUACGGAAAUAAAAACGAAAUGAAUCGGAGAUGCAAGAGUCUGCUAAUGAGUAGAAACAAUUAAGUCAUUCGUGUGACGCAUAUAAGCUAUUAAUUAAUAUUAAUACUU